GUGUGACAAUGUGCAAUUCACACUCCGACCUGUGAAAGGCAGCAAUACUUGUAUAGUCUGCCGGAAACUCACACAAAGUAGUACACGGAAGUGAACAAGAACAAUUUCCACGAUAGCGUUUUUUUUUUAGACGUUUAUAAACAUCCUGGAACUUAAAAUAUUACUAAUUUAACUGCACAGCAUCACAUACUUACCACUUGUAGCGUUUAAUUCGCGUUGGAGACAGGACUUGGUUGAUAGAUGUUAUCUAGGUAACGCUACCUAGCUAGCUGCUAACGUUAGCUAACAAUGGCUAACUGUAUGGUUUUUCACACUCAAAUAGCCUCCAUCAUGGAGGUGCUAGCGAAUGCAGCCGUAGCAGAGAUCUGUAAACUCGUAGAUGACGACUAUGCAGUAUUUCGUUUGGAAAUAACUCAAAGCCAGAAAGAAAACAGGGCUUUGCGGAGGAAACUACUGGAACUGAAGGUGGCACGGGAGCGCGCAGAGAGGACAGUGCGAGAGCGUGUCCUCGCCAGUCGUCCCAGGAGUGUCAAGAUCCUCGACCGAUACAAAGGAAUGGCAAGAGGUGAAGGACAUCACACUGGAGGCCACAGGAGUUUUGUCAAACCAGCGGGACACAACACAUGGAGAGAUGACCAACCAAUAACUGUUGAUGAGAGGAGUGGAACCUCAACCCAGCAUGUUAUCGUGAUAGAGUCUACAGAUGCAGAGGCUGCAGGUCCUGGGGUCAAGCAGGAGAGGUCUGAAGGAGAGGAGGACCCACGGCACAGCAGAGACAUCCAGACUGGAGCAGCGUCUGGAGUUCCCCCUGUAGCCACAGAGGACCCCACCACCGCCCCAGCGCAGCCCAGGACCCGACGAAGCAUCACGGAGGGGGAGGGUCCAGAGCAAUGAUCUAUAUAUUACACUAGAUGACUGAUAGGGGCGCUGUUUUGAAACCACGCCUCCAUCUUGGCACUCCCCCACCCUUGUAAAAUAUAUUUGGGAAGCUACAGAAAUGCAUGUAUUAAUGUCUACAUCUGUUUUUGCCACGUUUAUUAUAUUACAGACGCCUUAUUGCAUACUUUUAAAUUAUAUUAUGUGAGCUAAACAUACAAAUUAAAAAAGGAAAACUAUUCCUCUGCA